AUGAAUAACUGUUUACAAAUUUAAAUAAACAUGUGUUUAAUAUUGAAAAAUUAUGUUUCUGUUGUAAUGUUAAUAUUGCGUGGAAUAUUCCAUAAUGUGUGGAAUGUCUAUCUAUCCUUAUAUGGUGUUGUUUACAACUUUCUUGCAAACUAAAUUUAGUCAAUUACUAAUUACUAAAAUAGGUUUAUAUUUUACUUCAAAAUAUAAAAUUAUUUUAGCCUACCAAGAACUUAAACGUUGUAAAUGCUGUUUUCCCAAAAUAACACAUUUCGUGCUUUGAGAUAAGAUAUUUCAAAACCAAUUUGAUCAAUGGAUGUGUUUUUCUACUGCUUCAGCAUGCAAUCAGCAGUUUACAUAUGUAAAUUUGAAAAAUCCUUCACAAUCCUAAAUACUCUGCCCUAAAUAUGCACAGGCUAACCGCUAACAGAAUACCUUGAAGAGAUGUUACAAGUUUUCUAACUCAAGUUUUUGCUCCUACAGAAUACAGAUGUCACUUUUAAAAUAUUUUUCUUGCCAAACAAAUUGAGUAAGUGAUGCUACUGAUGUUACUCAGUCUCUACCAAAUAAUCCUAAUAGUAAUGACGGCGAUGAGUUUGAUUUUGAGUCUGAAACUUCUAAAUCUGAUAGUGAUACUGAAACUGAUGAACUUGAUGAAGAUGUUCAGUUGAAACGGAAAAAAACUGACACCAAAAAUUUCGUAACUGCAAAUAAAAGAGUUCGAGCCUUUCCAAAAUUGUGGUUAAAAUGCUAUAAAUGGUUACAGUAUGAUAAAGUAAAGGGUGUUAUGACUUGUAAACUAUGCCAGAAACAUGGAAGAUCAGGCCCGUGGGUUUCUGGUACAAACAAUUUUCGCUCCAAAACUGUGAAAAAGCAUUUGAGUUGUAAUGCACACAAAGCGUCUGUCAAAGCUGAAAAUCCAGGCCAAAAAACUCUUCCCCGAACAUUUACUGAGAAUCAAGAAAAACGCAAGAAUUCAAUUGUUGCAGCGUUAAGAACAGUAUACUGGACUGCAACAGAAGAAGUUGCUAACAGAAAAUACUCAAGUUUGUUAAAACUUCAACGUUUACAAGGUGUACAAGAAAUAGAAAACCUUUGUGUUGGUGGUAAUGCAACUUAUGACAGCCCCGACAUAUUCAACCAAUUGCUAGCAGCUAUAAAUUCCAUUAUUGAGAUAGAAAUUCGCGAGAAGAAGUCCAGUAAUAGGAGCCUGUAUCGACAAAAGUACUGAUCGAUCAAACAAAAAGCACAUCACUACUGUUGUUAGGUUCAUUGACAUAUCAUCAGCUAAACUAGAGACUGUUUUUCUCAAGUGCAAAGUGAUCAAUGACGGUACUGCCAAAGCUAUAUAUCAAGUUUUCAAGCAGAUUCUUGCUGAUUCAGGUAUAGAGAUAACAAAAGUUUUAGGGCUGGGAACAGAUGGAGCUUCAGUUAAGAUGGGACAUUUAAAUGGUAUAACAGCCCUUAUCCAGGAACAUAAUCCUUUUUGUGUUUGUGUACACUGUGUGUGUCACCGUUUGAACCUAGCACUUUCACAGUCAUGCAAAGACAUUGAUGAGAUGAAAACUUCGAUAACAAUUGUUAUGAAAACUUUGAUAACAAUUAUGUCAGCCAGUCGUCAAAAAGAGCCUCCAAACUGA